UGAUAUAUUGGGGAUUCAAUAAAUGCAAACAUUUCCCAUAACAUGCAACAGUGAACAGACGUGAAGUGUGAAGACUGUGAACCAAACAAGUCUGAAUUCUCAGUUGUCAUUUCCCAUAAAUUUGCAAAAUUUCAAUUUUCACGCCAUUUUUACACGAGAAAUGUCCUUCCAUUCUCCGUUUAACAACUUCAUCUCUCUUCACCCAUCGCCAAAAACAACCAAAUUCCCUGUGUUCAUUCAAAUGAGUUAACACUCGUUAUAAUCAUCUUCAUUUUGUAGCAUACUUUCUGAUUUUGGGUAUUUUUCAUGCGCAAAACUGGGAACAAUCUUCACCCAGAAGGUCAGUUUCUAAAUUCUGGGCUAAUUGUUGAUGUUAACAUAGUGGAAAAUUCUGAAAUUUGUAUUGUGGGUAGAAAAAAAUGAGUUCAAAUUCGUUGAAGCAAACACCCACUAGCAGCAAUUGCUCUGGGAAUCGUUCAAUUACAGAUAUAAUUCAGUCCCUGAAAACUUCAUUUCUCGAAACCGAUUUUAGGGCAGCAGUGAAAGAGUUGAGGGCAAGGGAGGAGGGUUUGAGGAGAGAGAAAGAGGAAAUAGUGGCAAGUUUGAGGGAGAAGAGUGACAUUUUGGAGGCGGAGCUUGGGGAGUUGAAGGUGCAGAAGUAUUUGUGUGAGGAGGAACGUCGUCGAUUGCUGAGGGAGUCUGAUAUAAAUGAUGAUAAGUGUAAAGAUUUAGCCAGGGAAUUGAGCUUGGCGAAGGAGAAGGAGGAGAGUGCUAAUAAAAGGUAUGGUCGAUCGCUUGGCGACCUUAGGGGAUUGGAGGAGGAGAAGCAAGAACUAAUUCAAAACUUGUCUGAUAUGAGUGAUACGAUGUCUGCAUUGCAUAGAAAGUUGAGGGAAAAGGAUCAAGAAAUAGACGAGCUUGUAAGAAAGAAGGAUUCUCAAUUUAAUGCUCAUCAGGAAGAGUUGGAGGGGGUUCAGAGGAGGAAUGUGUUUCUGGAGGAGGAAAAGCUAAAUUAUGAUGUCCGUUUUGAAGAACUGAAGAAAGAGAAAGAGGAGAAAAUCAAAGAACUUUUCGAGAAGAAGGAGAAUGAGAAGAGGCAAGUUGAGGCUCAAUUUAAGUGUUGGCGGGAAGAGUUGGAUGGGAUGCGAAAGAUGAAUGUGUCCUUGGAGGAGCAAAAGGCAAAAUCUGAUGCUCUUGCUGAAGAAUUGAGGAGAAUCAACCAAGACAAGGAUGCGACAAUCAAGAAGCUCUCAGAGGAUAUGGAGGUUUUGGAGAGGGGGAAAAUAGAAACUGCGAAAGAAAAAGAUAAGCUAAUUGAAGAACUUGUAAAGGAGAAAGAGAGUUUAGUUGUGGAGAAAAGGGAAUUUACAGCAAAGUUGGGGAAGGUGGAAGAGAGGUUUUCGAAGCUUGAGGGAGAUGUGAUCACUGGUCUGUGCUUGGAUCUGGGGAAAUAUCAAAGCUUUGCUAGUACCCAUAUUGGCAAAAUAUUAUGUGGAAUCAUCAAGGCUCUUGAUUCUGAAGAAAUUGGUCUCACCUGCGAUGCUGGACUGGUUAAAUAUGGAAACCCUCAGGAAGCAGAUUCUGCUGUAGUUUCUUGUGUCAAUACAUCAAGAUGCUGUUUGAAGUCUGACAAGCAAUCUGUAGAAGAUGUUCAGAGGAAACUGGAUUUCGAUGCAGAACAUUCACGAGAAGGAGGAGGUACUGGGAAUGAGAGGACCCCGAUCAUCAUUGAUGAUGAUGAUGAUGAGAAUCCCAAGCAUGCCGAGGGUGGAAAAAACAAACGGCAUCGCCCUGGAAGUGUACCCGAGUGGCAUAAUCAUGAUGGUUCUAGUGAUGAUAGCCUGAACCCAAAACUUAAGACCAGGAAACUUGAAUAUGUGCAUUCCGAACAAGUCAAGCAGGAACCAUCACUUGAUGCCUUUUCACCUACUAGAAGGGACCAUAAAUUUAUUACUUCCCAGAGCCAAAAAUUGGCAACUAUAAAAAGAUGUGAAGUCAGCAGAGGAGGGCAAAUAGAUACUUCCAAAAAAGAUGAUGACAGGAAAGGUAGUGACAAGAUGUAUAAUUAUGGAACUCCAAUAGCUGAUAGACUCUUGAGCCCUCAGGUUGAAGAUUACAUGACCACUCUUCGGCAAAGGAAGCAGAACAAAAAGUUGGAAUGUUCUGCUGAUAUGAUUUGUGCUUUUAAGCAGGACUUUGACUUUUGUGCCAAAGCAGUUUGUGCACUGCAUAGAAAACAAAAGUCUGGAUCCUCUGGGGUGAAUGGUUCAGUCUCUUUAGGAAGCAAAGGAUUGAAGGAGUGUGAUUUUGAGAGGGUGAGUACUCUAGCCAAAUUUCUGAUAGACGGGGAUCCAAAUGGCAAAAUGAAGAAGUCAGUGGAUGAAUUGCAAGAGCAUGAUCGUGAUGAUUGCAGAGAACUUGCUACAAAGUAUGCGAGACAGUUGAUUGACAUCUAUACGAGAAGAGAGGAUCCUUUUUUUUCUCCCAUGUCGAGUGAUCUGCAGUACAAGUAAGGCGAUGCAGUAAGCCGCCUUUUUUUUGUUCUUUGUCAGCUGAUGUGCAAAUACAACUGAUCUACAUUGCAGAAGUGAUAUCCAGAAACAAAGUCAUCCUUUUUUUGGUACUUUUGACUUGUAUAUGAAUGUAUAUAUACACGCAUGAAACUGUUAACUGUCCUGUACUUAGAACUCAGCAGUAACUAAAUGUGAUUUCCUGAUCUUCUCCCUUUGCACCUCCAUUUCUCAUUGUAAAUUGCAAUUUGCUGAUUAUUCACUUUUUGAAUCCUGAACUAGAAGUUCCUUCACUCA